UAGAUUCCUUGUAGCUGACAAGAUAGUUGUGUAGAUUUGGGCUUGGAGUAGUCGCGCCUAUUUUAAGACUUGUUUUACUAUUUUUUAAAAGGUUUCGCUUCGAGUGUUUAUUCAGGGAAUAUUGUAUUAUAGUUUUAUUUAUUUUCUCCGUGCUGCUCUUAUCCUUGAAAAUGCUAGCUACCAGGUCACCACUUUCCGCCAAGAACGCCAACGCCGUCUCUACCAAAGUGGAGGGAAUGUCUUUGAAUGAAAAAGAAAACACGCCUCCAAGCCUGAACACUACUCGAGUUUUGGCUUCUAAAACCGCGCGCAAAAUCUUCGAAGAUUCCGAGACUCCCAAGAAGACUUCUAAAUCCACACUUGCAGAGGAACCCCUCCUGAAGGAAAACCCACGUCGCUUUGUCAUUUUCCCCAUCCAGUACCACGACAUAUGGCAGAUGUACAAGAAGGCAGAGGCCUCUUUCUGGACUGCAGAGGAGGUUGAUCUCUCAAAAGACCUUUUGCACUGGGAGUCACUGAAGGACGAGGAGAGGCACUUCAUUUCUCAUGUGUUGGCAUUCUUCGCCGCUAGUGAUGGCAUUGUCAAUGAGAACUUGGUGGAGCGCUUCACCCAGGAAGUGCAGGUCACAGAGGCGCGGUGCUUCUAUGGCUUCCAGAUCGCCAUGGAGAACAUCCACUCCGAGAUGUACAGCCUGCUUAUCGACACCUACAUCAAGGACCCCAAACAGAGGGAGUACCUGUUCAACGCCAUCGAGACCCUGGAAUGCGUGAAGAAGAAGGCUGACUGGGCCAUCAACUGGAUCGGCAACAAGAACGCAGAGUAUGGUGAGCGUGUGGUAGCUUUCGCCGCCGUGGAGGGCAUCUUCUUCUCCGGCUCCUUCGCUGCCAUUUUCUGGCUGAAGAAGAGGGGGCUCAUGCCAGGCCUGACCUUCUCCAACGAGCUCAUCAGCCGCGACGAGGGCUUGCACUGCGACUUCGCCUGCCUCAUGUUCAAGCACUUGGUCAACAAGCCCUCAGAGGAGACCGUCAAGAGGAUCAUCAUGAACGCCGUAGAGAUUGAACAGGAAUUCCUGACAGACGCUCUGCCAGUCAAGCUGAUCGGCAUGAACUGUGAUCUGAUGAGGACCUACAUUGAGUUUGUCGCCGACAGACUGAUGCUGGAGCUUGGUUUUGACAAGAUCUACCGGGUAGAGAACCCCUUCGACUUCAUGGAGAACAUCUCUCUGGAGGGCAAGACCAACUUCUUCGAGAAGCGUGUCGGAGAGUACCAAAGGAUGGGCGUCAUGUCCGGCCCCACUGACAACACCUUCACGCUAGAUGCGGACUUCUAAAAUGGCUGACAGGACUCAGCCGACAAAAAGACAUCACCCUGCAUUAGCAAACAAGUCUUAAACUCCCCUCUCCCCUGAAGCAUCCUAGCCUACUGUAGUUAACCUUAGCGCUAGUAUUGAAAUGCAACCUGCAUAGUCCUCUCUGAUGGUGGGGAAGGGAACUGGUGAAGACGACGUCAAGUAUUGUAGGUAGACUUGAAAAGCACAUAGCAUCUGGGAGACCUGGUGCGUUUAUAAACAGUCAAGUAAUAUCUGGACUACCUCCAUAUCAAGCAGAUGCCCAGCUGUUAUGCGUCUGGGAACACGGAUGAGCAACUCCUGGCACUGGCACAAACCACACUUCAUAAGAAGCUGAUAGUUUUAAUGGAAUUUCAAAGGUUUUUUUCUUUUUUUGUUGCCUUUUAUUGUAUUUAUCAAGGGGUUUUGUAAUAAAAGUACAAAUACAGUUUUGUGUGCUGUAAUGUGGAUGACCUCAUUUGAUGGAAUGGUUUUAUAUAUUUAAGUUUUUUUCGUGUAAGGGCUCAGUUUUUGUAAAUAGACAUUUUAAUAAACUGUCAACACUUA